AUCGUAGUUUUAUUCCAUCUUCUCACUUAAUGAUCGGUUGAAAUACUUUCAACAGUCAAUCUGCGGCCUUUUCAGGUCAAGCACCCGUGCCUUGCAUGAUUGUUACACAGCAGAAGUGACAAUUGACCGUCAGGUCGACUUUCUCGCAGACUGCACCUUGCCUGCAUGAUUUCCUUCUCCCGUAGUUGUCUACAAUGCAUAUUAGCCAUCCAGAAUUCUUCCGAUACCAUCAGUCCCCGACUCAUUCGCCGAAGGUGUAUCAUGCAGGCCAAGUGCCGGCAGGAGCAGUUCUUCAUAUAGCAUCGACUUCGGCAUUCGAUUCAGUAGUUUUCACACUAUAUCAAAUGCUUCAUACUUUCCUUUGGAGGGCUAUCCGUAGCGAAUGAAGGUUUCUCCUCGUGUUCAAACUUCGAAUUUAAAGAUUGUUAAACUCACAAAAACACAGCAACAGAGAAGAAAGUUUUUUAAAGCAGGGGUAGAGUUGGUGUAUAGCUUUGAAACUAAAUGUUUUACAGUGAAAGAUACCGCGCCAGGUGCCUACAGCAUUGACUCUCAGAUGAACAGAAUCCCUUCCAUAGACCGAUGUCCGGUGAUUCUAUCCAAGGUUUGGAAGAUGCCAGUUCUCUCAAUAUUCAAAUGCUGUAUAAGCGCGGAGAUUCUACACCUAUUUGGACUACGUGCUAGAAGUCUUACGACAGUACUUCAAAUCCCUCUCGAAGGUCUUGUGGCAGAGUCUGAUCAUUCAAUACCUAGGUAUCUUGAGUAUGCAGACUUCCACAUACACUGA